UGUUGCAGUUCACCUACUCCAGUAUUCCAACUGUCAUUUAAGACAUUUUUAAUGCCGUUUUUACGAUCUGUUUACAAGUUUCUGUGCAUCCGUCGGCAGAAGAAUGUCUUCGAUGGACAACAUCUCCUAUGGACACCAUGACGUAUCUCUCUACGACGAUCCCAGUUGUGCCAGUUUUAUGUCGAGUAUUACGAUCGACUACGCUGCAAUCAGCGUCUAUUUUACAAUGGGAACCUUGGCCUUGCUUCUCAACACCGUCAUGGCUUGGAUGGCGGUGCGACGCGGAGAUUCCAGCCAAUCUGUCAACUCCGUCCUCUUCGUACAGCUGGCUGUAGCCAACGUUGUAAUGGCGUUGUUUAACCUAUUUGCCGGUGGGGCGUGGAGGCUGACCGUACGUUUCAUGGGCGGGAAUGGUUUAUGCAAGUUUGUUAAAAUGAUGGAAAUGAUUGGCGUAUACGCCGUUGCCUGGACAGUCGCUGGAAUGAGUGUGGAUGGAUGCGCAAAUGCCUUUUUCCCUGCAGAAAACCGUCGGCAGCAGCGAAUAAGAGGCGGGAUUAUUGCCGGUUUAACAUGGGUAAUCGCGAUAGUCGGAGCAAUUCCGCAGGCAAUUAUCUUUCACGUCAUGCAAGCGCCGGUGUGCCGGGAUUUCUACCAGUGCAUAACCUUUGGCUCAUUCUCCACAGAUCAGCAGGAACAUUAUUACACCGCCAGCUUUGCUGCACUGGCCUUCUUCGGUCCGCUGGCUGCCAUCUGCACCUGCUCGGUGCUCCUCUGCAUCAGCUUUGCGGAGACACAACCACAUCCGCCAACACGACGAGUGGGAGUGUGGAUGACCUUUUGCACUGCCUGGGCAUUUUGUCUGUGUUGGACACCAUAUUUCGUUCUGCACUUGAGGCAUAUGUUCGAUUGGAGCUGGGCUACGUCGGAAGACUCGACGGACCUCACCGAGAAACUGAUCCUGCCAGCCUACAGCAUCGUGGUGGUGAGCCCCGCCAUUUUCCUUGUCUCCCGUUGGAUAGCCACGCGGUCAACAAACCAGACAGGUUACUUUAACACAAGUGCAAGAAAUACUGGCCAUCACACUGCGGGAUACGCUGUUAUGGAAAUGAAACCAUCCUCUUCUCGCUAAACUGGUUUUAUACAACUAAUGCAAUUAACUGCAUAUGUCUCUCGCAUUAUUUUGUGCAAACAUUUCUAAGUAGUGUAAUUAGUUGUAACUGCCAGUUGGUAUCUCUGUUUGUUCAGUUAAGCAGAAUUAAGGGAGACAACGGGUGACUGUUAGCCAUUCAAGUUGGCGAUUAAUUCAUUAGAAACGUACUGAGUAGUAAUUUGUACAACAUCAAGUCUAACUCAUCUAAAAAGAAAAUAAAGCACCGCCGAGGUU